UCUGAGGUGCGGAUGCUUUUAUCUGGGUUACCGUCACAGACCAGUAAAUAAAAUAUAAAUAGUUAUAUAGUUACCGUCGCAAUUCGUAAUUGUCAUUGUAAUUUGUGAAAGACAGGUUUUUAUCAGGAAAUAAAUACAAUAUAAAAAAUGGGAAAGGGAUUUAAUAAUUAUAUGUGCAAGAAAUUCUUCCAUCCAGCCUCCAGAGAUAAUUUGAAAAGGGUAUGGAUGGCUGAACAGAAAACUGAUGCAUAUAAAAAGAAGCAGGAAGAACUGAGAGUGCAGUAUGAAAAGGAGCAGGAACUGCAUGAAAACAAAGCCCUACUAAGCAAAGAUAGUAAAGAUAAAUUGAGUUUAAAUUUCAUGUAUGAGCCUCCACCUGGUGUGAAAAAAGAGAGGGAACGUGAAGACAAUGAGCCAGAAUAUAAAUUUGAAUGGCAAAGAAAGUACAAUGCUCCCAGAGAGAGCUAUUGUAAAGGAGACAAUGAAAUCCGGGAUCAGCCUUUUGGAAUUUUGGUUAGAAAUGUUAGAUGCAUUAAAUGCCACAAAUGGGGUCACAUUAAUACAGAUAAAGAAUGUUCUAUGUACUCACUAUCAAUGAGUGAAGCAAGAGCUUUACAGGCAUCUGCAUCUACACCGGAGGAUGAGGAAGAAAAGCCUGAUGUUCCUACCUUGAUGCAACAUAUGAGAGACUCAGGACUUGUAAUGAAGCCCGGGGCUAUGCCUCUUGCUGCCAGCAAAAUUGUUGACAAUGAUACAUCACUCACUGAAACGGACCUGAUCAGUCAACUAACGAAGAAGCAGAAAAAAAAAUUACUCAAAAAAUUGGAGAAGUUGGAAAAAAAGAAAGACAAAAAGCAUAAACACAGUUCCAAACAUUAGAAUAAAAGUUUUUUUAAGGCUUUUAUUUAACUUUGUUCAUUGAUGCCACAACAAUGUAUGUAAAACUUAACAAAUAGCUAUGUAAAACUAUAAAAUUAAUUUUUGCAAAUGUUUA